GGGUCCCACGUCCGCUCUCCGCCCCGCCGCCUGCUUUCCCCAAUCCACCCGAAUUAUUUUUAUUCACGCGCAAAAAACGAAAAAAGGAAUUAGAACUGCACCCGAAGCAUCGCCAGAUUGGUAUUGGUCGAUCGAUCGGUUGGUUGAUCGGAGGCGGAGGAAGGAGAGGGAGGAGGAGGAGGCGGAGGUGGUGGGGAGAUGGCGGCGUGCCGGGGAUUCUUCGAGUGCCUGCUCAGGCUGCUCAACUUCGUCCUCACCGUCGCCGGCCUCGCCAUGGUCGGGUACGGGAUCUACCUGCUCGUCGAGUGGAUGAAGAUAUCCAAGGGCGGCGGCGGGGGAACGCCGGCGGAGGUGCUCGUCCUCGGCAGGCCGUUGCUCGGGGCCGUUGCGCUCGGUGACAGCUUCCUCGACAAGCUGCCCAAAGCAUGGUUUAUUUAUUUGUUCAUUGGUGUUGGUGCUAUUGUCUUCCUCGUGUCUCUGUUUGGCUGCAUUGGAGCAGGGACAAGGAACACCUGCUGCUUGUGCUUCUACGCUUUCUUGGUCUUGUUGUUGAUCCUUGCUGAGGGUGGAGCUGCUGCGUUCAUUUUCUUUGACAAUAGCUGGAAAGAUGUAAUUCCAAAGGACAAGACACAUAACUUCGAUGUUAUGUAUGACUUUCUGAAGGACAACUGGGAGAUUGCAAGAUGGGUUGCUCUUGGUGUUGUUGUUUUUGAGGCAGUGCUUUUCCUCUUAGCUCUGGUUGUCAGGGCAAUGAACAAACCUGCUGAGUAUGACAGCGAUGACGAAAUCAUCGCAAUUGGCCGAAGCCCUACCUUGCGGCAGCCAUUGAUCCAUGGACAAAAUGUUCCUGCCACUGGUGUUCCUGUCCCAACACUUGAUCAACGUGCAAGCAGAAACGAUGCAUGGAGCCAAAGGAUGCGAGAGAAGUACGGUCUGGACACGAGCCAGUUCACCUACAACCCUUCAGACCCAAGCAGGUAUCAGCAGAACGGUGCUCCUCAGGCUGAAGAAAGGAGUCGUUGCACCAUACUGUGAAGAAUCAUCCUUCAUCAGGUCCUCUGAGAUAAUGGAUUUCUUGAACGGGCUAUCUCAGGUUGUGUAGUUUGGUGUUACCGUGUUGGUCAUAGUGGUGCGGGUGAUAGAGUCGGCGAGUCGAUACCAUAAUGUGUACCCUGCCUGAUACGUCUUCUCUGCAAAUGCUCUACGCAUCUGUAAUUUUCUUGUGAAUGACGAACUGUUAGCCAUUGACAUCUCCUUAUCAGGGUUUGUUUCUUGUUUGCAUUUCGUCCCGUUUCACCCUUGCAAGUCCAGUUCCAGAUUGUUGAGCAGCUCGAUUUGGCGAGCAUUGUUAUUUUAAACUUUGUCAACUCAUAUCUUUCUAAGUGUAUUCUUUAACGUGCGGAAAGAUGUUGGGAUAAA